ACUGCGUGGGUGCGUACACUUCAUGAGGUGACGACCUUGGAGAACACGGUGAUUUCUGCCCCUGCAAGGAAUCCUUGCAAGCUGAGAAAGAAUGGGUCUCCAUUAGUUCGUAUUAGUUGAGAAAGUAUGAGAAUAGCUUUGCGAUUGUAUGUGUUUGGGUAUAGCCGACUAGAGCAUCGUGUAGCAUAUUUAUUUGGCUGUCCAUUCUGAAAAGAAAUUUUUAGAAUCCGUUCAGUGUGCUUCGAGUAUGGGUUAGUUUUCAACGCCGUUCACGUCGAUGUUUUCCUGAGUAGUCUUGGUUGGAGUGUUUUCAAGCUCUCUGUCAGAGCCCCGAAGAUAUAGAAAUGGCUUGUUUCGGCUGUAUGAUAUACGUAGUGGAUCUGGCAGUCGUUAUCAAGUUCUUUGGAGCGAUUUCUUUGCUGUUAAAUGUAUUUUGCUUUGCAAUUUCCAAACUCGUCCCACGUCCUCUUUUCCAGUAUUUUGAUUCUGACAAUGAGGACAACUUUGGAGUGAAAGAGUCUCCUGUCAAGCUUCAUGUUCUGUGCAUUGGUAGGAGAUACUCCAGUGAGAGACGACACGAGUGGCCUCGGUUGUCACAACCGACGAGUGAGGGAGAAUGGUUGUUCAAGUCAUGACUUACUGGUCUGCAUGGCCAUUCCUCCCCUCCUCUGAACGUACACGAACCUCCUCUAGAGCAUGAUGGGUCAUGCCACAGUCAGCUUAACGUUGGUUGUGUCAUGUUUGCCUCUUGCAUUGCAUCAGAGCCCGUUCAUGCUUACUUGGCCACACAUGCCUGUGCCAUCAGUGAUAUCAGUGCACUCUGGUGAUCAGCGGUGCCUGACCCAUGACGUAUACAUACACUCACGGCUACAUGUAAACUAGUGCACAUACCAAGAGUUUAUAAUCCAAGAGCAUACAACCUGUGAGCUCUAGUGCCAGCCUGUGGCACUCCAUCAUUAGUAUAACACCGUACCAAUCCAGUUGUGCAUGGCAGAAAACCAAAGACAAGGUUCUUGUGAUUCGAACGUGGCAAGUUCUAUGAUGCCAUUAGGAUUUUACAAUCAGUUCCAUGCUCACAAGCUACUCGGAUAAUGCAUGGACGUGUCAGAGCAGGUAGAUAAGUGAAAUAAAUAAUUCACUUCAUGCACAUCGAUAUGUCAGCAUUAGGAGACUGUUCUGCAGACGUUCAGAUUUCAGCGCAGCAAAUGCCAUCCAAGUUGCUGGUGCAUUUAAUUCCAUGGACUACAUGACGUUCAUGAACGAAUUGCGAACACGCGAUGACACAAGUAGGCGAGGUAAUGCGGACACGCUCCCUAACAUGCUAACCAGCUAGCCUGAUCACUAGGUCACAUGCCAUGGCAACCUUGACUGUACAAAUGUACAUCACGACAUGCUGUUAAUGCUCAUGCCUCUGCAUCGUGAAUUAUGAAUAGACAUUCUACACUCUCAUACGAGCACGAGUUGAAUGCUCCGAGUGGAGUUUCAUCUACAUGUAGCUACAUGUAUUAUAAGUCAACAAAUAUUCGGCGCAUAUUUAUUUUCGGCUAUUUUCGGCCGGGCUGCGGGUCGUAUUUGGCCGAAUUUUGUUUUGCAAGGUUCAGUGCGACUGUGUAGACAGUCAGCAGCAUGCAGUACUCGUACAGGCACACAUUUUGAUGCGGCCGAGAUGUGUUUUAGCCCUGGUAGGGCCUCAUUGGCUUCGCUCGUUCCUCUUUUCUUUUGUUCAUUUGGCUUAUGCGAAGGCUAGCCAAGCUUGCUUGGUGAUGUCAACGCGAACAAGCAUUUUAAUAAUAAUAAGGGCGAAAUAUCAAUGCGCCGAAAAUUCGUAGACUUAUUGUAGCUAUUUUUUUAUUUAUUUUUUGAAGUUUUACCCUUCUUGUCACAGAGCGCAAAGGUCUUUGCACAUCACGAUGAGUAACACACCGUUCCCAGUUACAGAUAGGGUCCCGUUCCGGCACGUGGGAGAAGUGUAUUUUCAAGUACAAUGUACACUCAUACCUUGUUUAUUCGGGCAGUCCGGGACCGGUGUGACUGCCCGUAACUUUGAAAUGUCAGUGUAAUUCUGAAUCUACCAACCCUACAAUUGAGUCACCUCAUUUACUACUUUGAAUGCCGACAAUGUGGUAGUCGGUAUGUUGGUAGGACCCUUCAACAUCUGUCCGAACGUAUCAAACAACACGUGCCGCUCUCAAUAUUGUCACAGGCGGCUAGGUCCUCCCGACCAAAGCGUGGCCGACCACGUAAGCACCCAACUCCACUGUCCGUUCCGGCAGAGGCUUCUGCUCCACAAACGGUGUCUCGGAAAAACCAACACAGCACGCAGAAAUUGGGAACAAACAUUAAUGUAAACAAAGACGAACACUGUGUCUUAUCUUCAUUAUCAGCGAGUACCGGAACGCCGGACGCAGACAACCGCAACUCACCAAAGCUGAGAAGGAGCAAACGGCUGGCGGCAGCUCGGUUUGCAGAGGUGACUGGAAAGAUGCAUCGAAACUCUCCGGAUAUGGAUGAUGCCAGCGGAAGAGUUGACGACUGUCAGGCGUUUGGCAAUGGCAAGGGAAGACCGGUCAGGAAGAGAACGCGACGGCAGCUGGAGGAGGAGUGUGGAAGCGACGUGUGCAGUGACGAUGAUGAACCCGGUGGUCAGUUGCUGGGAGAGCCGACGACAGGUGAAGGUGGCAGCGAUGAUGAAGAGGACGAUGACGAUGAUGACGAUGAUGGUGCAGAUGGUGUGAAGGACGGUGGCGGUCAGAAACCAAGUGAAGGCGGAGGCGGUGAGAAGAAGAAGAAUACAUCGGCAAUUAAAAUUUAAAUUGCAUUUGUUGUCUAACCCCGUGUGUCGUGAAAGUUAUGAUGAUUCUUGGUUCAGUGUUGUUCGUUCUGCAAGUAGUUUCAAGCAGUUGAAAGUUCUAGAAGCAGUCUACAUUCGCAUUCGUGAUCCAAAUCUUUGUAAACAAAAAGAAAAUGUCACCGCACUUACGCUAUUCCAGUAAAUUCGCACUCACACACACUUACACAUGCAUGUCCAUUGUCACACUGCACUUGCUGAAUUUCCUAUUAUUUCUCACCUCACCUAUAGUUUAUUACCUGUGCAAAUUGUUCCUAGGUUUGUGCUAUUUUUCUUACUAUGCUUGUAUCCUCGCUGUUCCACUGCAAGUGUAUAAAUCCUAUUGUAGUUUCAUCAUUCUCUUUAGUCACGAAUUCCAUUGAUAAUUGUGACAAGAAAACGUUCUGGAAUACAUGAUUCGUCCCCAUGGUUGUGAUAUGAGUGCGC